GGAGAAGCUUCGUGCACUGUCGAGCCAGCACCUCGAAGCAGUCCCAAGGUGCUCGACCGCUUUGUACCACGAAACGAAGCCAUCGUCGCCAUGGUGUUUCCUGUCUAUAUAUUCUGGACCAACUGUCUGGAGUGGCCAGAUUUGGUUUUUCCGACUUCAUCAUCAUCACAGUACACAGUCUCCAGACAAGCUCUCCUCAGAGGACUUACAACCAUUACUUGACGCCUUGCCUUGCCUAUAAGCCAAACGGCCAACGCCAAUAUUCCCACCACCACUAUUAUCAACAACAACAACCUGAUCCACCUCCACCCAGCAAUCGCAAUGGCCUUCUUCAGACCCCACGUCUACUCGGCUCCCUAUGCCCAGCCCGAGCCUGCCGCGGAGCCCAGCUUCCACGGGCUCUUCCGCCUGCUCGAGGACUGGGACAACCACCACAGCAGCAAUGCUGCUGCCAGCACCGGCAGCAACAACAACAGCAGCAGCAACAGUCACAACCACCCACGGAAGCGCCCGCACCUCUCGCGCCCUCAACACAAGGAGCCCAUCUUCACACCCCGCUUCGACGUCAAGGAGACGGAGUCCACCUACGAGCUGUUUGGUGACCUUCCAGGUGUCAAGAAGCAGGAUAUCAACAUUGAGUUCAGUGACCCGCAGACUCUGGUCGUCAGCGGCCGCGUUGAGCGGACUCCCGCCGCCGCCGAUGCCCCUUCGAGCAAGAAUCUCCUCACCAGCGACAGCCACUCCGACCAUGACGACGAUGAUGCGGUCAUGAUUUCGCACCACGAGGAUGAGCACGCGGAAACCUCCUCGCAGCGCUCGUUCCGGGCCACCGUCGAAGACGACACCGAGGAGACCGGCACCACCUCCACGCCUGCGGCUACCAGUAAGAAGUCCGAACAGCAUGCCACCGCCAGCACUGCCGAAAAGCAAGACCUGGAGCAGCAGCAGCAGCAGCAGCAGCCAAAGACCCCCGCAACCAAAUUCUGGAUCUCUGAGCGGCCUCACGGCACAUUCUCCCGCACCUUUGCGUUUCCCGAACGCCUCGACCUCGACGGCGUGACCGCGGGCCUGGAGAACGGCGUCCUCUCCCUUGUCGUGCCCAAGGCGCGCAAGUACGAGGCCAAGCGGAUCAGUCUUUUGUAAAAUCCAAUCUGUUGCCUGUUUCUGGUUUGUCUUUCCGUUUGCCUUGGGAUAUGGUUUGAUGAAUUGGACCUGUGAGAGGAGAUUCAAUGGAUUGGUGCCGAGGGAUGAAUACAGCGAAGACGGCGUAUGACCCUGGGAUUGCAAUCGACUUUUUUUUUUUUUUUUUUUUUUUU